AUGAGAGCAACAACUUUUAUCCUACUGUUGGCCCUGGGGCUUGCAACCAUCUUCAAUGCAGAAUGUGUCAAACAGAGGAAACAGGUUGACUGCAGUAAUUAUAAAAAGUUACCACCAGGAGAAGAGAGAUCUUGUCCUGAAAUAUAUGAGCCAAUUUGUGGCUCUGAUGGUAAAACUUACAGCAACGAAUGCUUCUUUUGUUCUGAAGUUAAGAAAACUGAUGACAAACUUAAAUUUGCACAUUUUGGAAAGUGUUGA